AUGGCUUCUAGUUCAGUGAAGGAUCUCUCCUGUCCUGUCUGCCAUGACAUCUUUCAAGAUCCAGUUGUCCUGUCAUGCAGCCACAGCUUCUGUAAAGCCUGUGUGCAGAAAUGGUGGAGAGAAAAACUACUACAUGAGUGUCCGGUUUGUAAGGAAAGACCUUUAAUGAGUGAUCCACCUCGUAACCUGGCGUUAAAGAACCUGUGUGAGGCCUUCUUACUGAAGAGAGAUCAGAGAUCUUCAGCAGGUUCUGAGCCUCUCUGCAGUCUGCACUCUGAGAAACUCAAACUCUUCUGUCUGGACCAUCAGCAGCCAGUCUGUGUCGUCUGCAGAGAUUCAAAAACACACAACAACCACAAAUUCAGACCCAUUGAUGAAGCUGCACAGGAUCACAAAGAGACGUUCCAGAAAUCCCUGAAGCCCUUACAGGAGAAACUGAAGCUCUUUAGAGAAGUUAAAGGAAACUGUGAUCAAAAAGCAAUACACAUUAAAUUCCAGACCCGAAACAUCGAGAGACAGAUUAAAGAGCAGUUUAAGAAGCUUCGCCAGUUUCUACAAGAUGAAGAGGAGGCCAGGAUCUCUGCUCUGAGGGAUGAAGAGAAGCAGAAAAGUAAAGACAUGAGGAAUAAGAUUGAGGGUCUGAGCAGAGAGAUAGCAGCUCUUUCAGACACAAUCAGAGCCACAGAGGAGGAGCUGAGAGCUAAAGACGUUUCAUUCCUGCAGAACUACAAGACUGCAGUGGAAAGAAUCCAGCAGCGUCCCCUGCUGGAUGAUCCAGAGCUGGUCUCAGGAGCUCUGAUAGAUGUGGCCAAACACCUGGGCAACCUGACCUACAACAUCUGGAACAAGAUGAAGAAGAUGGUAUACUACACUCCUGUGAUUCUGGAUCCAAACACUGCUCAUCCAGAAUUCAUCCUGUCUGAAGAUCUGACCAGUGUGAGAUGUGGAGAGAAACAGAAGCUUCCUGAAAACCCGGAGAGGUUUGACUAUUAUCACUGUGUCCUGGGCUCUGAAGGCUUUAACUCAGGGACUCACAGCUGGGAUGUUGAGGUUGGAGACAGUACAGACUGGUCCAUUGGUCUGGCAGCAGAGUCUGUCCAGAGAAAAAGAGAAAUAAAGUCUGGAUUAUGGAGAAUAGGCUUAUCUGAUAGUAAAUACACAGCAGCCUCAUCAGAUCCCCACAUUGUUCUUUCAGUGAAGAAGAAGCUGCAGAAGAUCAGAGUUCAUCUGGACUGGGACAAAGGAAAACUGUCUUUCUCUGAUCUUGACACUAACUCACACAUUCACACCUUCACACACACUUUCACUGAGAGACUGUUUCCUUACUUCAGCAAUAGGAAUGAACUCCAAAUACGAAUAUUACAGUGA